AUGAAAGUACGAAAACUAGCUUUUACUCUUAUUGCGGUUGUUUUACCCGGCCUUCCUACGAUUCUUGGAGAUACAACACAACAAUACUUGGAUGAAGCGAGCAACUUCCGUCGCGAGGGCGCUUAUAAAGAAGCUCUAGAAAGUUACAAUGUUGCCAUAUCCAAGGAUCCUCAAAAUUACCUUUCCUACUUUGGACGUGCGGUUACGUAUUUAUCUCUCAGCAGAAGUGUCGCAGCACUUGAGGAUUUCACAAAAAUACUGGAAUUGAAGCCAGAUUUUGAUCAGGCUCGAUUGCACCGUGCCAAGAUAUACAUUAAAGAAGGUUCCUUGAAAGAGGCACGACGUGAUUUGAAAGAAUACUUAACGAAGAAUGCAAACGAUGCUGAAGCAAAGAAACUGCUAAUAGAUAUAGGCGAAGCAGAGAAAGCAAUAAGUUCUGCCGAGACUGAAUUAGCAGCAAAGAAAUAUGAUGAUUGCAUAACACAUGCGACUGUUGCCGUAAAAAUAUGUCCACAAUCGUUUCAACUGAGACUAAUUCGUGCCAACUGUCACUUGGCGAAACAUGAAAUCGAAGACGGUAUCAGAGAUCUCAGCCAAGCGUCAGCAUUAAAUCCUUCAGAUCUCUCCUUGCUUGUCCGCUUGGCCAAGCUGAAUUAUUUUGUUCUCUACAAUCCGACUGAAUCCAAAGCAUUUAUAAAGCAGUGUUUGCAAAGCGACCCCGAUAAUAAAGUGUGUAGAAAUCUGCACAAAACGAUGAAAAAAUUGGAAAAAGACUUGGAAAUGAUUAACAAUGAUAUAACCGGCCACAGGUGGCAAGCAGCUAUAAAUAAGAUAAAGGGGAAGAACGGUAACCAGGGAUUUUUGAGUCAGAUUGAAGAAGAAGCAAAAUCAAUACCCGAAGCGAAAAGCGGCAAGGUGUUGGUGGCCAAAUUAUACAGGCAUAUGUGUAUAGCAUACGCCGAGCUCAAACAAGCUGACCUUGCCAUCAAAUGGUGUACUUCGACUUUGAAACUAUCCGAAGAUGACGUGGAGGCGCUUUUAAGUCGUGCCGAAGCUUACAUACUAAAUGAUGACUUUGACUCUGCGAGUGCCGACUUUAGUAAAGCAUUUGACGCCUCGGGUGGAACUGACCAACGUGCUGCUCAAGGUUUUCAACGUGCCAACAAAUUGCGUCAGAACGCAAAGAAGAAGGAUUAUUAUAAGAUACUUGGAGUAUCUAGGUUGGCUACUAAAAAGGAAAUUAAGAAAGCGUUUAGGAAGUUGGCACAAGAAUGGCAUCCCGAUAAAUACAAAGGAGAUUUAUCACAAGAUGAGGUUGCAACAAAAAUGAGUGCCAUUAAUGAAGCGUAUGAAGUCUUAUCAAAUGAUGAAUUACGAGAACGUUAUGACAAUGGUGAUGAUCCCAAUGAUCCAGGUGGUUCUUCCGGAGGUCCGUUCUAUUCAUCUGGAAGUCCGUUUAUGCAAUUUGGCGGUGCCAAGUUUUCUGGAUUUCCUUUUAGUUCCGGUGACGAUGGAAAUUUCCAAUUUACAUUUAGAUUUCCUUAA